GAGGAGGCUCGUACUCUCUUCCUCCUCCACCUCCACCUCCUCUUGCUGUAGCUGCUGCUGUAGCGCUUGGGCUCUGAGGCUGUGAGCAGAAAUCUAAUGAGACCCAACUGGCUGUUUAUGUAAUUCUUCACACUCCUGUCUAAGGCGUUGCUUUAAAACUACCUUCCAUCGAGCCUGCAUUUUGCUCGGCUGCACCUUUGAGCAGUUGGGCUCAAUCAGCUGCCUUUGCCGGCACUGAGGCUUUGGGCUUGGAAAGUGUUUGUAGUUUGGGGGCGGCCAGGGUUUCUUUUCCCUUUGUCACCAUGAAUAUGGAAAAUGGAAUAGACGGACUAAUACCAACUUGAUUUUUAAAUGUCCUUUUAAAUCAACUUCAGUGUACAAAUAGAUCCCCUUUGCAAAUAUCUUGUUUGCCCUUGAUCUUUUCUUAUCCCCACCCAGUGCUGAUCCAGCAAACGUUUAAAGGUCGACCUUAUCAUACAUGCCUCUCCGGCUGGGCUGUUCUCUUAUCGUGAGCGGGAGGGAGGUGGUUUUUAAAAUCAGAAUAAAGCUCAGCCACCCUGCCCUUUAAACAGUAAUCAAUAGAGUUUUAAAAUUCAUCGUCGCUUUUGUUAUACUUGCUGCAGAAGAGGUCUUUUCAGAUUUAGAAAAAUACACAUUGAAAAGAAAAAAGGCAGAGAAAAGCCUCGAUUACGUAGUUGUGUACCUUAGCACAUUUAAGAUCCCAACUUGCAAGUUCAUAAUUAUCAUUCCUAUUUAGUACCUUUAGUUUUAGCAUCAUGACUUUGGAAAUUAAAAUAAUUUUCCUGACUUCUCACAUGUUUAAUAACUGUUUAACUGUAAAGCAGAUUUAAGCAGUAUAUAUCCCAAAUGGACUAAAAUGUCGGGUUCACUUCUAAAUUGGUGACUAGCACUAAAAAUUAAUGACCAUCUUCUAAAAGUGGAAUAUGUUUUAUAUAUAUAUAUAUGUGGUAGUGAGUGAGUGAGUGGUGGUGCUGAGGAUGGUUUCCAGUAAAUAUUCUAAGUGAGCAUUGAGGGAAGUAAAAGAAAGAAUACAUAUAUACAUAUUCUGGAAAUAUUUUUCUUAGAACUCUAUUCCAAAACAGAAGGUAAAUAAUAGGAUUUUAAAGUGUCUUAGCUGUAAGUCUCUGUUUUUCCAUGAGGCCUUUGAACUGUAAUAAACAAUUUUCUCUUGUACUUUUAUUUUGUAUUGAUUGUAUUUUUCAGAGCUAACCUAUUUUAGAUAAGACAUAUUCAAAAGUGAAAUACUCAAAAAAAAAAAAAAAGUGAAAUACUCUAGGGGUUAAAAAAAAAAGGUCAUGCUUCUUACAAUACAUUUAUCUUAUCCGGACAUGUUUGCUUUUGUUUUGUUUUGUUUUCUUUAAGGAACAAGACCACUCAAGGUGAAGGAUAACCUACUAAUACCAGCACUUUGAAAUUUUCUGUCACAAACGGAGUGACUUUUUUUUUUUUUUUUUUUUUUGUGGGAGAGUUGAAACAAACCUAACUGUGGCACAGCAGCUAUGCAGCUUGAAAUCCAAGUAGCACUAAAUUUUAUUAUUUCAUAUUUGUACAAUAAGCUUCCCAGGAGACGUGUCAACAUUUUUGGUGAAGAGCUUGAAAGACUUCUUAAGAAGAAAUAUGAAGGACACUGGUAUCCUGAAAAGCCAUACAAAGGAUCAGGGUUUAGAUGUAUUCACGUAGGGGAGAAAGUGGACCCGGUGAUUGAACAAGCGUCCAAAGAGAGUGGUUUGGAUAUUGACGACGUUCGUGGCAAUCUGCCGCAGGAUCUGAGUGUUUGGAUCGACCCGUUUGAGGUUUCCUACCAAAUUGGUGAGAAGGGACCAGUGAAGGUGCUUUAUGUGGAUGAUAAUAAUGAAAAUGGAUGUGAGUUGGAUAAGGAGAUCAAAAACAGCUUUAACCCAGAGGCCCAGGUAUUUAUGCCCAUAAGUGACCCAGCCUCAUCAGUGUCCAGCUCUCCAUCGCCUCCCUUUGGUCACUCUGCUGCUGUCAGCCCUACCUUCAUGCCCCGGUCCACUCAGCCUUUAACCUUUACCACUGCCACUUUUGCUGCCACCAAGUUCGGCUCUACCAAAAUGAAGAACAGUGGCCGUAGCAACAAGGUUGCUCGUACUUCUCCCAUCAACCUCGGCUUGAAUGUGAAUGACCUCUUGAAGCAGAAAGCCAUCUCUUCCUCAAUGCACUCUCUGUACGGGCUUGGCCUGGGGGGCCAGCAGCAGCCACAGCAGCAGCAGCAGCCAUCCCAGCCACCGCCACCACCACCACCACCGCAGCAACAGCAGAAAACCUCCGCUCUUUCUCCGAAUGCCAAGGAAUUUAUUUUUCCUAAUAUGCAGGGUCAAGGUAGUAGUACCAAUGGAAUGUUCCCAGGUGACAGCCCCCUUAACCUCAGUCCUCUCCAGUACAGCAAUGCCUUUGAUGUGUUUGCGGCCUAUGGAGGCCUCAACGAAAAGUCUUUUGUAGAUGGCUUGAAUUUUAGCUUAAAUAACAUGCAGUAUUCUAACCAGCAAUUUCAGCCUGUUAUGGCUAACUAAAACAAAACAAAACAAAAAUGUAUCAUACAGAUUAAAAUGCACGUGCCCAAGGGGGAUUUUUUUUUUUCACCCCCUUGAGAUUUUUUUUUAAGCUUAUAGUAAAGAUACAUUCAAGCUUGGUUACAAAAAUAAAACAUGCAUCAUUUUUCAUUUGCCAACCAAGCACAAAGUUAUUUUAUACAGACUGUAUAUUUUAAAGUAUACUCUCAGAUAUGGCCUCUUACAGUAUUUAAGAUAUAGCAAGGACAUGGCUGAUUUUUUUUUUUUAUAUAAAAAUUGGCACUAAUAAGUGGGUUUAUUGGUCUUUUCUAAUUGUAUAAUUUAAUUUAGUACAAAGUUUGUAAAAUAUCAGAGGAUAUAUAUAUAUAUUGUUUCUACGACAUGGUAUUGCAUUUAUAUCUUUUUACUACAGUGAUCUGUGACAGCAGCAGCUUCAUGUUGUAUUUUUUUUACUGAAAUUGUAAAAUAUCCAUC